UGUGCUGAAUGCUUUGCUAUUCGAUACAAUCAAAUUUUAUGCAAUAAAAUUGUUCGUCCCUCACCAUUACCUAUUAAUGUCAAGUUUACUCCAAAACACUAUUGGAAAGAUAAUCCUAUAAAAUAUUUUCUCCAAAAUCUUGAUCUUCGUGAUAUGUGGAAUGUACUUAAUAAUGAAUCAGAAAAUGUACCAGAAAACCCAUGGAUUGUUCUUGCUGAUAAGGCAUUAAAAGGUGCUUUUAAGGAUACACCGGUAUUUACUGGUCUUUGUGAAGUAAUGGGCAAUGCAAUUGAGAGAAAAAUGAAAAACAAAAGCAAAAGAAAUUUGAAAUAUAGUGAAGAGUUUACAAGUUUUCUAGUCAUAUUAAGAGGAUUUAGUACAAGGGCCUUGGAUUUGUUUCGCCAAAAUUUAGAAGGCAGAACGAUUCAGUCAAUCCGGAAUAGUGAAGACCAUUUAACCAAUCCAGAUUUGUGUUUUGAAAAUGUUGCUAGGUUUAAGCAGUUAAUUGAUUCAAUUCAAUAUAAUGGUCCAGUAGUAGUGAUGACUGAUAAUACCAAGUUAAAAUCUCGUCUUCGAUAUUCACCUACUUUUGGAUGUAUUAUUGGAUCCGUAUUUCCUGUAGAAGAGACAAAAAUUAAUGUGUAUGCUGAUAUUCCCAAUAUAAUUAGUAAAAUUAAAAAUGAAAAGGCUAUUGCUAAAGAUGUUCGUGCUUACAUGUUACAGAUUCCUUUACCAAAAUUUCCACCUAUCGCCGUCGAAAUAAUACCAAAUAAAGGAAAUGAUAAUUCAAAAACCAUUAGUCAAUUGCAUAAGAAGCUUAUUCAAGAAAUUGCUUUUCAGCUUGAAAUCCAUAUAUUAUCCAUUGGUUCUGAUGGUGCUAUUACUGAAUUUCAAGCACAACAAUCAAUAAUAGAUAUUCAAACUUCCCAAAGACUUUUUAUUCGUGAACCAACAUUAAAUAUUAAUUUUUCCUGCCCCAUUUUUGAUAAGAUUGGUCCAGUAGUUCGGGUUCAAGACCCAAAACACGCAAAAAAAACUGCAAGAAAAGCGAUAAUAUCUGGAGCUCAGCUUUUAACUUUUGGAAUAUCUUCAGUCCGAUAUGAUCAUCUUCUUACUUUAAUUAAACAGCACGAUUCAAUUAUGUACAAAAAUGAUGUAAUCAAAUUAGAUAAGCAAGACGAUGCUGCUGCUUAUCGAACUUUUUGUUCUGCAAAUUUUAAGCAAUGUCUUACACAUGAUUUUCAAGUAAAAGUAGGAAUGAAAGGAACUAUAAUAUAUUUAUUUAUCAUGGGAGAAAUUGUAGAUUGCUAUUUAAAUCGUACUAUUUCACCAAUUGAAAGAGUACGUAUGGCAAUGACAGGUUACUUUUUUCUUCAUUUAUGGCGCUUUCACAUUACAACUCUACACCAAAAAUAUCAAGACUUUGUAUCUAUUAAACAAAAUUUCCUGGCCGACCAAAGUUUUGCUAUUUUUUCUUCUCUCUGUGAAUCAAUGGUAUUACUUGUAAAAACUCAUCGAGACUAUUAUACUCAAGUACCUUUUCUUCCUUGGUUGCAUAGAUCAGAGUCAUGCGAGCAUUUCUUUGGUGUAGCAAGGCAGAUAAAUCCGGACUUUGAUUUUGCUGAACUUAUUCAAAUGUUGCCUAAGAUU